AUGGCUAGAUGUUCAUUUUUAUUCUCUUAUAAUGAUUCCUGGUUCUUUCACAGACUGGACUUGCAGAACUCAGAUGUUCAAAUUGAUUCAUCUUCCCAGCAGCUUAACACCCAGCUUGACUCCAUAUUUGUGCUGCUGGAGGACCAUAUUGUCACAUUUGUGAAGAAGGAGCUGAAAAAGAUACAGAAGGUUCUGAGUUCGCAUGAGCCAGGAUCCAUAGAGAGUCAGAAGGAUGAUAUUGGGAUUUUGGAAGGUGAGGAUAAAGAGCUGAGUGGGAACAACAGGCAGGCAUUAAUGAAGAUCAUACUAAACUUCCUGAGGAUGAUGAAGCAGGAGGAGCUGGCUGAUCGCCUGCAGAACAAAAAUCUUUUAGCAGUUUGUCAACAUAAACUCAAAUCUGGUCUAAAGAAGAAGUUCCAGUAUGUGUUUGAGGGGAUUACUAAAGCAGGAAGCCAAACCCUUCUAAACCAGAUCUACACAGAUUUGUUCAUCACAAAGGGAGGAACUGGAGAGGUCAAUGAAGAACAUGAGGUCAGACAGAUUGAAGCAGCAUCCAUGAAACAAAACAGACCAGAAACAACAAUCAGAACAGAGGACCUCUUUAAAGUCCCAUCCGGAAGAGAUCAACCAAUCAGAACGGUGAUGACAAAGGGAGUGGCUGGCAUUGGUAAAACACUAUUGACGCAGAAGUUCAGUCUUGACUGGGCUGAAGGGAAAGCCAACCAGAACAUCCAGUUUUUAUUUCCUUUCGCCUUCCGAGAGCUGAAUGUGUUGAAAGAGAAAAGGUUUAGCUUGGUGGAACUUGUUCAUCACUUUUUUGUUGAAACCAAAGAAAUAUGCAGCUUUGAAAACCUCCAGGUUCUGUUCAUCUUUGAUGGUCUGGAUGAGAGUCGACUUCCUCUGGACUUCCAGAACAAGGAGAUCCUGACGGAUGUUACAGAGUCCACCUCAGUGGAUGUUCUGCUGACAAACCUCAUCAGGGGGAAACUGCUUCCCUCUGCUUUCCUCUGGUUAACCACACGACGUGCAGCAGCCAGUAGGAUCCCUCCUGAGUGUGUUGGCAUGGUGACAGAGGUCAGAGGGUUUACUGAGUCACAGAAGGAGGAGUACUUCAGGAAGAGAUUUAGAGGUCAGGAGAAGGCCAGUAGGAUUGUCUCACAUAUGAAGACAUCUAAAAGCAUCCGCAUCAUGUGUCACAUCCCAGUCUUCUGCUGGAUCACUGCUACAGUUCUGGAGGAUGUAUUGGAGACCACAGAGGGAAGACAGCUGCCAAACACUCUGACUGAGAUGUACAUCCACUUCCUGGUGGUUCAGACCAAAGUGAAGAAGGUCAAGUAUGAGGAAGGAGCUGAAACAGAUCAACACUGGAGUCCAGAGAACAUACAGAUGAUUGAGUCUCUGGGAAAAUUAGCUUUUGACCAGCUGCAGAAAAGAAACCUGAUUUUCUACGAAUCAGACCUGGCAGAGUGUGGCAUUGACAUCACCACUGCUUCUGUGUACUCAGGAUUGUUCACACAGAUUUUUAAAGAGGAGAGAGCGCUAUACCAGGACAAGGUGUUUUGCUUUGUCCAUCUGACUGUUCAGGAGUUUGUGGCUGCUCUUCAUGUUCAUCUUACCUUCUUCAAUUCUGGUGUCAACCUACUGGAAGAAGCAGAGAUAAAAUCUAAAGGGCCCAAAGAAAAUUCUCUCUAUCAGAUAGCCAUUGAUCAGGCCUUACAGAGUCCAAAUGGGGACCUGGACUUGUUCCUCCGCUUCCUCCUGGGACUUUCACUGAAGACCAAUCAGAAACUUCUACAAGGUCUGCUGACACAGACAGGAUGUAGCUCACAAACCAAUCCAGAAACUAUUGAGUACAUCAAAGAGAAGAUAAGUGAGAAUGUGUGUGCAGAAAAAAAUGUCAAUCUGUUCCACUGUCUAAAUGAACUGCAUGACUGCUCUCUAGUGGAGGAGAUUCAAAACUUUUUGGUUUCAGGACAUCUCUCCACAGAUGAAAUGUCUCCUUCUCAGUGGUCAGCUCUGGGUUUCAUCUUAAUCUCAUCAGGCAAAGAUCUCAAUGUGUUUGACCUGAAGAAAUACUCUGCUUCAGAGGAGGUUUUCCUGAGGCUUCUGCCAGUAGUUAAAGCCUCCAGUAAAAUGUUAUUGAGCGACUCUAACCUGUCAGAUAGAACCUGUGAAGCUUUGUCUUCAGUUCUUUGCUCUCAAUCCUCCAAUCACAUAAAACUGGACCUGAGUCACAACAAGCUGCAGGAUUCUGGAAUGAAGCUUCUAUCUAUUGGACUGGAAAGUCCAAACUGCAAACUAGAAACUCUCAGCUUGUCAGGGUGUCUGAUCUCAAAGGAAGGCUGUGCUUCUCUAGCCUUAGCUCUGAACUCAAACCCCUACUAUCUUAAAGAACUGGACCUAAGCAACAAUGAUCUUGGAGACUCAGGAGUGAAGAUGCUGUCAAAUGGCCUCAAGGAUCUUUCCUGGAGACUGGAAACUCUCAGAUUGAGUGGCUGUGACCUCUCCGAACAAAGCUGUGAAGCCUUGGCCUCAGUUCUCAGCUCUCAGUCCUCAAGUCUCAGAGAAUUGGACCUGUGUAACAACAACCUGGGGGAUUCAGGAGUGAAGAUUCUUUCUGCUGGACUAGAGAGUCCAAAUUGCAAACUGGAAACUUUAAGACUCAGUCGAUGUGACAUCUUAGAAGGAAGUUGUGAAGCUCUGGCCUCAGUUCUCAGCUCCCAGUCCAUCACUCUUACAGAACUAAACCUUAGUAAUAAUAACCUGCAUAAUUCAGGAGGGAAGAAUAUCUCUGUUGGACUGAAGAGUCAAAACUGCAAACUGGAAACUCUAAGCUUGUCAGGCUGUCUGAUCUCAGAGGAAGGGUGUGCUUCUCUGGCCUCAUCUCUGAACUCCAACCCCUCUCAUCUGAAAAAGUUGGACCUGAGCUACAACCAUCCCGGAGACUCAGGACUGAAGCUGCUUUUGGCCGGAGUUAAAGAUCCACACUGGAGACUGGAAGAUCUCAGGGUGGAGCCUGCUGGAAUCCGAUGGUUGAACCCUGGUCCCUGGAGAUACUUCUGUCUACUCACAUUCGACACAAAUGCAGUGAGCAGAUACCUGAAACUUUCUGAGGACAACAGGAAAGUGACAUUUGAUCAUUUACACAAAUUUGAUUACUGGCCUCAGUUGCUGUGUACAAAUGCUCUGACUGGCCGCCAUUACUGGGAGGUUGAAUGGAGAGGGAGAGUUGAUAUCUCAGUGAGUUACAGCAGAAAUAGCAAGAGAAAAGAACCUUGUUUUGGAAGGAAUAAUCAGUCCUGGAGUCUAAGCUGCUUUGAUGAUGGGUAUUCUGUCUGGCACAAUGACAUAGAAACACAUAUUUCCUCCCCCAUCUCAAACAGAGUAGCAGUGUAUGUGGACUGUCCGGCUGGCGUUCUCUCCUUCUACAAAGUGUCACCUGAAUCAUUGAUUCUCCUCCACACCUUCAACGCCACAUUUACUGAACCUCUGUUUCCUGGAUUUGAGUUCAGAUGGCACCGAUCUGGUUCAUCAGUGUUGUUGUGCUGAAUUGGAGAUAAAGACACUCCAACUCUCAGAAAAAUACUCUUAUUGAUGAACAGCCUGUACGUGUCUGUCUUUUUCAGAUAAAAAAAAAGCUAAUGGAUUUAAAAUGUUUCCUUUUUAUAAUUCAUUAAAACUUCAUCCUCUGCAAGUCCUUUAAAGUUAGAAGUUGAGAUUAUGCCAUGGUUCCAUGUUUGUCUGGCUGUUUCUAGUCAAGGCUUUACACUGAAUAUAAUGAUGUUUCACUUAUUAUUUUUAUUUGUAAGGAAAGCCAAUGUUCGUCAAUAAUGACUAUGACAAAAUUAUGUAGUUGAUGCUCCUUUUUUUCAUGACGAUAAUGAGAACCGCGAGCUAAACUUGGAUCUUUGAUGACAAAAACUUGAUGACUUAUGGGUUUGAGUCUUCGUUGACGAGACUAAAUAAAAAUUUGGGAGUGGGAGUUCAGUAAGACUUUUAAAAUUCCUUAUUGUACUGCAAUCGGUUAAACAAGCCAGGUAGUAUCAGUUGAGCAGCUGCGUCCUGUUUGCUCAUCCUGCCCACCUGGUUUGUAGAGGUGCACAUUCUGCUUGACCACAGAUGGAUCAUGACAGCAGCAGCAUCGGUGAAAAUAAGCUGGAAUCAUCCGGUAAUGCACGAUGAACUCUGACAAACUAUAUUCUUCCUGCUGUGCUUGUUCAGUUAUGCAUCUUUGUGCAUGCUUAGCUCAGAGUCUGCCCUUUUAGCUCCAGACUGAUGGUUCGCUCUCAGCCGAAUGGCUCUUCCUGCCCUCACUAGUUCAUAAACAAUGUGUGGCUGAUCAUCCUCUGCCAAGCGUAAAAUAUCCCUUUCUGUAACUAUCAAGAUUUUAUUUCUUCCAGCCUACAGUACAAGCGGUGAUGCUAAGCAUUCUUUAAUUUCUACCUAAAUUUAUCUAUAACUUAAAUCCUAAGAAUGUAUUUGAUUGCAUGCUGUUUAUUUUUGGAUAAAGACCCAGAUGAAAAGAUAAAUUUUUCUCAUAGAUCUCGUUUCUAUCUAUUAAAAUAUGAUAUAAAUGUUUCCUUGCAUUUUCAUUAAACAUUUUCAUCGUUUCCUUUAAUUAUUUCAACAUUUAGGUAACAUAUUCAUUAAAUUUACAUCUGGAUUGCCAUGGCAGUACAAGGCAAUUAUGUAGUUUAUCUCUUUACUUUUUUUUUAUAUAUAUAUCAAAACCCUUUGAAUUUAAAUCUACUUUGACCCCUGAGCAGCGGUAACUAAUGGGCAAAUUCUUAGAAAUUAAGCUAAAAUUGCCAGGGUAGAGAGAGGGUUGUUUUUCUGUUUUUUGCUUUUUUAGAGCAAUGAAGAUUUAUUGAUCUGUGUGUAAUGCACAAUUCAUAGUAGAUGAGGAAGUGUUUGCUUUGGGAUGGAAACCUUGUAUGUCUAAAACCGUUCCUUUAUUGUACAUUUUUUUUAGCUUGUCUGUCUGCUAUAUUAACCAGUAUGAUGUGUUGAACUACUGUAGAUCUGUUAUUUUCACAACUUGUGAGACACUUCUAUGUAAAGUGGGGCAUUAAUUCAUGAAAAGGUUUAUUUGAAUUCUAUAAAUAAUUUUUUUUUUUUUUGCCAACAGCAAUGAUGAACAUAGCAGAAUUCUAUACCCACCAAUUGUAGUAUCUAGGCAAGAGCUGUCAGUCUGGUAAAGAAUCUGGUUGUUAUUUGAAAUUUUAAAGGUUCACUUUUUAGGGAAUUUCUGAGUUUUAGUCGACUAAAACCAAACUAAAAUAAUUACGAAUCAAAAUUACUAAACUUUUGUCCUGAACACAAAAACUAUGAAUAAAUCUAAGAUGUCUGUCAAAAACAAAAUGGAGGUCAUUCAUUUAAAUGUUGGGCAGUUUGUCUUAAUCACAGAGUAUUUUUUGUUUCUGUCUGAAUCGAUUAUUCUCUACAAUUUUUAGAUUCAAAUGUUAAUCUUAUACACUAUAUUCUGCAGUUCUAUUCCAUGUGUAAUAGCAUGCAAUACAUUUUUUUUUGCAUAUGAUUCAUUUGUUGCUCAUGCGAUUUUGUCCUUCUGUUCAAAUUUUACUGUUUCAAUAACACAGUAAAGCCUGCCUAAUAAAACUGUAAUUCUUUAUCAAAAAACUAUCCCAUAAAGAUUUUCAUAGCCUAGAUACCAGAAAGCAUCAUAAAAACACUUUAUGAAAACAAAAUGUUGCUGCCACUUUUUCAUAUAUGCCUGUUUUUGUGUGUAUUUCAUUGCUGUUGUGGAUGUGCGCCACCAGGGGGCGCAUGGAGGGGCUUUGCAGAGUAGAGGUUAGUUUUCCUAAGAAGAAGCGAUCCCCAGAGAGACCUGAUGCAUGUGUCAGUCACAAAGUUUAAGUGAACCAAGAAAGAAGAAAACUAUUCUGGUACUCAGCCAACUAGGUUUUAAGUCUGUUUAUUUGUGGCAGUCAUCAUAUUUGUCAAUUGUCUUUAUUUUUUGUAAGCUAAUUAUUGUAUUGUUUGUGCCUUUUAGUUUUCACGGUGUGGUUAAUAAGUCUGGACAAGCAAGAUUCAAUAAAUCCAUCGGUAGAGAAAGCCACUUGUGCCUGUCGUACCUUGGGGAAUUACACAAAACAUAAUUUCAUGUACAGGUUUACUUUUUGUACAUAACUCUUGCCCUUCUGAGGCUUUGUAAAGGCAAAUCUGUGUUUUGAAUG